AUGGAGAACAAGUUCAUCCCGCAGGCGAUCGAGAUCGUGACGCAGGCCAUCAAUGAGGACAACAGCAAGAACUACCAGGAGGCCUUCCGCCUGUACAAGAAGGCGCUCGAGCACUUCAUGGUCGGCGUCAAGUACGAGAAGAACCCGACGUCCAAGGAGAUCAUCAUGAAGCGCGUGGAGGGCUACAUGACGCGCGCGGAGCAGCUGCGCGGGAUGCUGGAAAAGGAGAACGCGCCCAAGCCCGUGGCCGCUGCUGUGGACAUGGACAAAGGUGAAAAAGAGGACGACGACGAAACGGACGCGGAGACGGCCAAAUUGCGCGGAUCCCUGGCCUCGGCGGUCGUCUCAGAAAAGCCUAAUGUCAAGUGGGACGACGUCGCUGGGCUGGAUGCCGCAAAGGAAGCGCUGAAAGAGGCGGUGAUCUUGCCUGCAAGGUUUCCGCAGCUCUUCACGGGGAAGCGACGUCCCUGGAAGGGCAUUCUGCUCUACGGGCCUCCGGGUACGGGUAAGUCCUAUCUGGCACAAGCGGUUGCAACAGAAGCGGACGCAACCUUCUUCGCCGUGUCAUCCUCCAGCUUGGUUUCCAAGUGGCAGGGCGAGAGUGAAAAGCUGGUGAAGAACCUGUUCGAGAUGGCACGCGAAAAGAAGCCCGCGAUCAUUUUCAUAGACGAAAUCGACUCGCUCUGCUCAAGUCGAUCUGAGGGAGAGAGUGACUCUACACGCCGCAUCAAGAAUGAAUUCCUCGUGCAAAUGCAAGGCAUUGGCAACAACCACGACGGCGUCCUGGUGCUUGGAGCUACCAAUGUACCCUGGGAGCUUGAUCCCGCUAUGCGACGUCGAUUCGAAAAGCGCAUUUACAUCCCUCUCCCUGAUAUUGACGCACGGAAGGUGAUGCUGGGAAUCCACUUGGGCGAUACACCGAACGAGCUGAGUGAUGCAAACUUUACAGCGAUCGCCGAGAAAACGGAGGGCUCUUCUGGCUCAGAUAUUUCGGUGCUUGUGCGAGACGCUCUUAUGGAACCUCUUCGAAAGUGUCAACAAGCUCAGUUCUUUACUCCGUGCGAUGAUAAGGCGCACCCCGUUCGGAAUGGUCCAUUCUUGACACCCUGUGAAGACGACCCCCCGUGCGCUUACUGCCACAUGAAGCUUUCAGCAUGCCGACCCAAGUGCCCCGAUUGCAAGGCCCCAUGCCGGCGAUGCGGGGCGUUGCGCAUGCGUCUGUAUGAUUUACCAGAGCGUGGCUACUCUGACGAGAAGCUCCGGCCACCGAUGAUCUCAAUGAGCGACUUCCUACACGUGCUGGAGCAUUCGAGUGCGACGGUCGCUCCUGAUGAGCUGAACCGCUUUGUAAAGUGGACCCAAGAGUUUGGACAAGAAGGCUAG